AUGGAGGAUCACUGUUUUGUUUUGUGUGGAGAUUGGCGUUGUUGUGAUGACGGGAAGUGGGACUUUGUCAUUGAUAAACAAAGGAUGUCUAGGGUUAUUCGUAUUUCGUUGGACAUGAAGCUAACGGAGGUCAAAGAUGUUGGUGUUUCGGAGUUUGGUGUUUCGAAGAAUCCCAGUUCGAUGAUGCUUAGUUUCUGGCCAUCUCAAGGAAAGGAAGAUGCCCCUACUAACAAAACGCCCCAUGUUUUGCUAACGACUGAUGUUUCGUUAUGCUCUACUGGGACAACUACUAUUGCUGAAGUGUCUCAUUUCAAAACACCGGAAGUACCGAACAAGGGUUCCGGCAAAGAAAAUUUUUUCGAGAAAAUCACAGAGAGUUUCCAGACGGAGGCUAGUCCAUCUUCCUUACGUACGGAAGGUUUAAAAAUUAAAUCCAAAUCUGUUUACACCUAUGAUGAUGAAAUGGUUGAAGGGUUUGAUGCAGUUGUUGCUAAUUUGAGUGGAAUUCGAUAA